CUAUUGCGCCAAUAAGCCAAUUUCAAAUCACUGGUGUGGUGUCUCUUCUCCUUCCUAUUGACCGCCAACCAGUGAGUGCUGUUUCGUUCCUUCACUGUUAACUCUAUGUGGAAUCUCACUUCUCCAUGGACACGGCCUAAACCCUAAUAUUUUCCAAUUGAAUCAGUUUUUCCAUCUUCAUUUUCUUCUCUAUUUUCCAAAAUUGCCACUAUCCCAUUCGGAGAUGCCGUUGAGAUCCAGCCAUGGACGGGGAGGCUAACCUUCCGGUCUCGGCUGCUCCUCCCCCCAGGAAUCUCGCCCUUCCGAUCAUCAACCCUGACACGACGUCGUCCUCGUCAGCGUCGUUCUCUUCCUCUUCCCCGCCGGACUUUCUCAAGCAUGUUCAAGCUGCCUUCAAGCGCCAUCGCCCACUCUGUACAAAGACCAUGCCGACCUAUAGUAUAAAGCCUAGGCGUACUUUGGUUCCACAAUGUGAAGCAUCUAAAACUGCAGUUUCUGAUGUAGAUCCUAAGGCAGGCAUGAAGAAGCCUGAGCAUGUUAUUCCAGUCAGUCUAACUGUAAAAGAUUCAAUUAUGCAAACCAAAAAUCCAGCUGCUGUCAUUAGGGAAACUCAAGAAGAGUCAAUUACUCCUCCUUCCAUUUCAGGCACCAUCACCAAGACCUUUGAUGAGAAUUUCAACCCGUCUGUUUUGCAGAAAGUUCAAUCCACAUCCAUUAUUGAUUGUAAAGAGAAUAAUCCAAUGUCCUCGUUACUUGUUGAUGGCAAGAGAAGGGUCCAGUUUUCAAUGGAAAAAAAUGCUAAUUCCCCAGGGGCCGAUGAUCAAAUGGCCACUGGAUUGGAGAACUUAUCUUCUCAUAUGGAUUCACUUGCAUUGACAGAAAUGGAAUGGGAUGCAAGCAAUCAAAUAGAGGCAUCAAAUGUCAUCAAUGAUGAAUCAAAGCAUCAGAAUUUUCAGAACAAUGAAACUGAUAUCAGUUUGAGGACUGAUGGUGCAGCAUCAUUGUUGGCAAAAAGAACGAUACUUGCCCAGGACCAAGCACUUCAAUUUGGAAACUUUUUAGGCCAACCUGCUAAUCAAUCUUCAGUUGUUGGUCCAUCUUGUGCCACCACUACAUCUGUCCAUUCUACUUCAGCACCUAAGCUAAACUCAACAAGUUAUUACUCUUGUUCACAUCCAGAGAAUGGCACUCAUGUGGCAGUUGAACCAUUCGGAGAUAUUAAUAUGAGUUCUCAGCAUAUGAGUCAAAGAAAUAUGGAGCACCUGUCCUAUAAUUCACUAAAGGACACAAAUGGUAUGCUAAUUAACCAGACAGCCAUUGCAGCCCAAGCUUCUUCAUCUACUAUUGAUGCCCAAAUAAAUGAGCACCAUCUGCCCAGGGAGAAACAGGGCAAUCUGGCCAAGGAGACUGACAUUUCAAACAAUCCUUCUUAUGUUGGUGAUAACACAACUAAAGAGAGAGGAUCAGUGGACGAUGUUCAUGAUGUACAAGCUCAGAAUCCAUCGUCAAAAAACCCAUCCUCAGAUGUGAAGUUGGAGCCUUCCAAAUCAGAAAAGCAAGAAAAGGUUACAAGUGGUAAAGGUGUUUCAGUGCCUCGUAAAAGGAAUUAUGACCCUGACUUGUUCUUUAAAGUUAAUGGGAAGCUCUAUCAAAGGCUUGGUAAGAUAGGAAGCGGAGGAAGUAGCGAGGUCCAUAAAGUCAUCUGUUCAGACUGUACAAUCUAUGCACUCAAGAAAAUCAAACUCAAAGGUCGUGAUUAUGCAACUGCAUAUGGUUUUUGUCAGGAAAUUGAGUAUCUAAAGAAAUUGAAGAGAAAGAACAAUAUCAUACAGUUAAUAGACUAUGAGGUAACAGAUAAAAAUUUGCUCUGUGAAGUCAUGAAUGGAUCUGUGAGUAAUAAAGAUGCCAGAGUUAAGGAUGAUGGAUAUAUAUACAUGGUCCUUGAAUAUGGGGAAAUUGAUUUGGCUCACAUGCUUUCACAGAAAUGGAAGGAACUGGAUAGCGCCAAUCAGUCCAUAGAUGAGAAUUGGCUGAGAUUUUACUGGCAGCAAAUACUUCAAGCUGUCAACACCAUACAUGAGGAACGCAUAGUGCACUCUGACUUGAAGCCAGCUAAUUUUCUUCUUGUCAAAGGUGCUCUAAAGUUGAUUGAUUUUGGAAUUGCCAAAGCCAUAAUGAGUGAUACGACUAACAUCCAAAGGGAUUCACAGGUGGGUACUCUAAGCUACAUGUCUCCUGAGGCAUUCAUGUGCAACGAGAGUGAUGCAAAUGGAAACACAAUAAAGUGUGGUCGGCCAUCAGAUAUUUGGUCUCUUGGCUGCAUACUCUACCAAAUGGUAUAUGGGAGAACCCCCUUUGCAGAGUACAAGACUUUCUGGUCUAAGUUCAAAGUUAUAACAGACCCAAAACAUGAAAUAGCUUAUGGUCCAGUUUCUAAUCCCUGGCUUCUUGAUCUUAUGAAAAAAUGUCUUGCCUGGGAUCGGAAUGAAAGAUGGAGAAUUCCUCAACUACUUCAACAUCCUUUUCUUGUUCCCCCAGUCCCUCCCCAAAAAUCCUUACCUGAAGAGCAAGGCUGUAUGCUGAUUCAACUUGUUGCUGAAGCUUGUGCUAGUAAUCAGGAAGCCUCUAAGCUUUGUUAUGAUCUCCAACAACUGCUUAGGAAUCCGGUCACUCCUGUAACAUAUCAGUCAUUAACAUCACGAGACCAACAAUGUAAGUUACUCUCAGAAAUAUCUAAGCUUAGCUUUCAACUGAAAGAAUGUCUGUCAAAGUUGGAGAGAGACUAUAAAUAGAUUCAGGUGUACAAAUGAGUUCAGGUGUGUCAAUUUUAGGAGCGUUUUUGCCUAAGGGUAACUAUGAAAAAUGGUAUUCAAUCCUAUUCCAUUUGUUUGUAAUACGUUACUUAUUCCUGUUGUGUAAGUUAUUGCGUAAGCAUAGGAUUGGAGUUAUCCCCUGCUCCAAAUGUACGCAUCUCCUUAUUGGACAAUGAAUUUGAACUUUCACAGCA